AUGUUUUUGUCCGCCGAGUAUCCAAAGACGUGGCCGGAGAGACGUGGGUCACCCCAUCAAAGAAGUCGUCGGUCUAUCCAGCCCGAUGGAUGUGCUGAUGCCUCGCCGAUGUUCGCCACAAACACUGGCGAUUACUGGUGCAAUUCCUUGAAAAUGGACGCAGUUGGAGGGACAAACUGCUCCAUGCCAUUUGGUACCGCAUACGGGUCUGUCAACAACACUCUAGCCAUGGUGGCCUUAUAUAGCCACUCUGCCGUCUAUGGUGACGAUUUUUGUGGGGGCAGUGACCAGUUCCACUACUACACCCUACUUGCAAACUAUACUGCAUUUGCCUCGGGAGUGCUUGAGCGCCCGAUUAGCGUCUUCUCAGGCAAAGCAAACCCGUUGGUGACCCGCAGUCCAGUCUAUUCAGUGUACGUUCCGCGUUAUCAUAGUGUCGAGGGCGUGAACGUUAUCGGGGGGAACCAGUUCGUCCGACAAGGUAGCACCAGCACCAGCACCAGCACUAGCCCUAGCACCUUCACUGACUCGACGCCGACGAUCCAGGCGUCUCAAGAAAAUCAAAAAGUGAAUGGCAAGCUGACAAAAUCCGAGAUAAUCGGGCUGGCAGUGGGUGUCCCUGUCGCUUCAGUUGUGCUGGUUGUCGCGUUUAUAUUCCUCUAUAGGUGGUGGAAAAAACGGCAUACUUUUGAAGCGCAGUGGGAGCCGGAUGAUACGAGCAUGCUUCAGCGCCGAUCUGUUCCAAUGAACCAGGUUGGAUAUACCGGAAGAGCUGAGGAUUCCAGUCCAACCUACAAUGCGCUGCAAUUCAGGUCCUAG